AGGAGGCCUUCCUCUGCAGGGACCUUAGGAGUCUAGGGUAUUUCUACUGUGAUUUCCUCAGUUUUUUCCAAAGGUUCGGGGCAGCUUUGAUCAGCUGAUGGCAGCAGGAGUAACCCUGAGAGUGCACUUAUGGCAGAGGUCUCCCAUGAUCCUCUAGGAGACCUGGAAUAUUGCUACGUUCUCCUGCUACAACGGCAGCAUAGCUCAGGAGUGACUCUAGGUUUUUCCCUAUUAAAGAAACUUCUUUCCCACUGCCUUGGGGCGUGAACAAAAGGAAUUAUGGGAGUCUGCCACCACAGAAAAGUCUUACCACAAUUCCCUGUGUGCGGGGGGUGUGCCCACAGGAAGUCACACCAGGAAUGCACUGGGAAGACAGGGGGACGGGGUCAGGCCCGCCCCGCCCGGCGGCACAAGACAUGCCCCAGCCCCCGGGAAAUCAGCAAGGUCAUGGCAUCCAUGCACCUGGACUUACUGAGUGAGGGCGGCUGCAGCGUGGAGGAGCUGUUGGAGCGGUGUAUCCAGUCCUUUGACUCAGCUGGCAGCCUGCGCCGUGGAGCUCACGUUCUCAACAUGGCGCUGGCCAUGCACAGCUGGGUGCUACCUUCUGCGGAUCUGGCUGCCCGUCUGCUGACCUCGUACCAGGAAGCCACAGGGGACACACAGGAGCUGAGGCGACUGCAGAUCUGUUACCUGGUCAGGUACUGGCUGGCCCAGCACCCUGAGGUGCUGCAUCAGGAGCCCGAGCUAGAAGAAGCCAUCGGCCGUUUCUGGGCCACAGUGGCCCAGGAGGGCAACAUGGUCCAACGCAGUGUGGGAGACUCCUCUAACCUCCUGAGCCCUGGUGGUCCUGGCCCCCCACCACUCUUGAACAGCCCAGGGCUUGGCAAAAAGCGCAAAGUGUCUUUGCUUUUUGACCACCUGGAGACGGGGGAGUUGGCUCAGCACCUCACUUACCUGGAGUUCCGCUCCUUCCAAGCUAUUCCGCCCCGGGACCUUCGGGACUACGUUUUGCAGGGCUCCGUGCGGGGCUGCUCUGCCCUGGAGGGUUCAGUGGCUCUCAGCAACAGCGUGUCCCGCUGGGUGCAGGUCAUGGUGUUGAGCCGCCCCGUGCCCACACAGCGCGCGCAGGUGCUGGACAAGUUCAUUCAGGUGGCACAGAGGCUCCACAAACUGCAGAACUUCAACACACUGAUGGCGGUCACGGGGGGCCUGUGUCACAGCGCCAUCUCCAGACUCAAGGACUCCCAUGCCCACUUGAGCCCAGACAGCACCAAGGCCCUGCUGGAGCUCACGGAGCUCCUGGCUUCCCGCAACAAUUACGCGCACUACCGUCGCACCUGGGCUCACUGCACAGGCUUCCGGCUGCCCAUUCUGGGGGUGCACCUCAAGGACCUGGUUUCCCUGUACGAGUCCCAGCCCGACAGGCUACCUGAUGGCCGUCUGCACCUGCACAAGCUCAACAGCCUCUACCUGCGGCUGCAGGAGCUGGCCGCCCUCCAGGGACAGCGCCCGCCCUGCAGCGCCCACGAGGACCUCCUGCACUUGCUCACGCUUUCCCUGGAUCUCUUCUACACGGAAGAUGAGAUCUACACGCUCUCUUACGCUCGGGAGCCCCGCUGUCCCAAGAGUCUGCCGCCCUCCCCGUUCAAAACGCCCCUGGUGGUAGAGUGGGCCUCUGGGGUGACACCCAAGCCAGACAGGGACACCCUGGGAAGACACGUGGAGCAGCUGGUGGAGUCUGUGUUCAAGAACUAUGACCCCGAAGGCCGAGGAACCAUCUCACAGGAGGACUUUGAGCGCUUCUCGAGCAACUUCCCCUUCGCCUGCCAUGGGCUGCACCCACCUCCCCGCCAGGGGAGCGGCUCCUUCAGCAAGGAGGAACUGACCAGCUAUCUACUCCAGGCCAGUGCCAUCUGCGCCAAGCUGGGCUUGGCCUUCCUGCACACCUUCCAUGAGGUUACCUUCCGCAAGCCCACCUUCUGUGACAGCUGCAGUGGCUUUCUCUGGGGUGUCAUCAAGCAAGGCUACCGCUGUCGGGACUGUGGGCUGUGUUGCCACAAACACUGCAGAGACCAAGUAAAGGUGGAGUGUAAGAAGAAGCUAGGGGCCAGAGGCGAUGUGGGCCCCGCAGGAGCUCCCACCCCACCCGCCACAACCCCCCAUGCCAGCUGUGGUUCAGAGGACAGUCUCCCCGUGGAACCCGAGACUGGCUGCCACCUGCACCAUGCCUGGACCCAGACAGACUCCUCACACCCCUUCUGGGACCUGGAAAUGGGGCCGACUCUACCCACCACCCAGUCACCCAAGCCGGACCCCUAGACAUUGUCACGAUCUUUCCUCUCCCUGGCACCCCCUGCUCCCGGAGCUAGUCCCAACCUGCAGGACCCCACCCACCCUCGCUGCCUUGGAUGGAAGGCCCUGACAUCUCUUCUCUCGGAGAAGGCGCGCUCCUUCGUUUGCACUGCAGUGGCUGUUAAUCCAGUGCCCUUCCCUGCUGGAGACAUUUACACUGGGGCAUCAUCUCCCCGAUGCCCCAUUUCCCAGCUGAGCAGACUGAGGCUCUGCCCCCAGGUUGGCAGAGCUCCCAAGGGCUGGAAGCGAGACUCAAACUUGGAUCUUCUGACAGCCCCCAAACUGCAAGCUCUAGGUCAGUAAGGCUGGGGGUAGGGGCGAGCAUAGAAUGUGUAGAAGAUGGAGGGUGGUAGAACAGGGAGGCCAUGGAUAUGCAAGUCCAGCCCUCUGCUCAGAGUCCUCCUGCAGCUGCACCUCCCACACAGGUAAAGCCGGAGCCCUCACCCACAGCCCACAAAAUCAGCGCUCUACCUGGCCCACCCCCUGACCUCCAGCCUUGCCGCCCUCCCCCUUCCUUGCUUGCUCAUCCUCUACUUCAGCCACACUGGCCUUGCCGACCACUGGGCAUGCCAAAGCCAGUCCUACCUCAGGGCCUUUGUACCGGCCAUCCCCGAUGCCUGAAAAACUCCUCCCCCAAGACUCACCCAACUCCCACAGGGAUUUUACUGCAGGGAUGCCUUCUUGGGGAGACCUCCUGGAACCAUACUCAAAAGCACAAUACCUCCAUCUGGCCCGCCCCAGCCCCAGCCCUGGCUUCUGGCUUUAUUGCUCUCCCUUGUCCGCGCUACCUACCUGCUCAUCUCCCAUCGGUGUCUGCCCCUCCUGCCCAGAGGUGUCACACUUGGAGGAGUGGGGACUCCACGAGUCUUCCAUGGCAAGGUCACAGUGCCUGCAGCAGGGCUGCCAUGCAGUGGACUCCUGAGAAAUGUCUGUCCAGUGCCUGAAGGUGCCCUAACCAUGCCUGCAGGAGAAGGGGCGCCCUGUGGAUUUGAGCCCACAGGGCUCUGAGAACUGUCGCUUUCUCCACAGAGAGAAGCCCUAAAGUUCCCAUCAAUUAAAUUUAUUUUGCAGAGAA